AUGGCGGACGACGUGAGAUUGUUUUUAUUAAUUCUCUAAGGAUAAACCAAAACGGUUGUUUGUUAUUUAAAAGAGCGUUUACAUUCAGUUUCUCAACUAAAGCUCUUUGAUUAUUGCUCCAUAAUGGUAGAGAAGAAUUCGAAAGGGAAGAAGCGAAAAUGGGAACCAGUAGAAUUGGACGAUCCUUCGUUCUUUGCGGGCGAAAUGGAUGGAUUUGUGUCCCUUGAAGUCAUGGAAGAUUAUCAUCCAGAAGAGCUAGCAGGAAUUAGUGCAGGUGGACCAGCUCAAAAGAAGAAAAUAAAAGAACGGCCGCUGCAGGAGGAUAAUCUGGAACAAACAGUUACCACACCAUCCACACAACUUGAAAAAAGCACAAAGAAUGACCAACAGACAAAGGGAAAAAAGAAGAGGAAAAAGAAAAACAAGGCCCAAAGUAAAGCCCAGUCAGAAGAGCAAAACAGAGUAGAAAUGGUCACUGACAAUAGACUGGUGGAAGAUCCUCCAGAAGCCACAGAAACUGGUAAUGGAACAUCCAAGCUCAAGAAACCACUCCUGGCGUUGAUAAUGACACCAACCAGAGAAUUGGUUAUACAAAUAAAGAAUCAUCUUAAACAGGCUGCAAAACACACAUCUUUAGAGAUUGUUGCUGUGGUUGGAGGAAUGGCACCUCAAAAACAGCAGAGGCUUUUAAACAAGUGUCCUGAGAUAAUAGUAGCCACCCCGGGAAGACUGUGGGAUUUGAUUUCCGAGUGAUAAUGAUGAAGAUGAGGGAACUGCAAAGCGAAGACAUCUACAGAAGUUUAUAUUCUCUGCAACUUUAACUCUUCCAAAGUCGUUUAAGAGGAAAGGAAAGUAAAAGAAGAUCACAAGCGAAGAAGGCUUUGCAAUACUCUUUGCAUUUUACAUUUUUAAUGUCACCGAUGGACAAAGUUGGGCAGCAGAAGAACAGUUGUAAAAUUAUCGAUGUCACCAACAAGAGAGGAACCGUAGACAGAAGCAAAGAUCUCAUGUGUAAUUGAAGAGAAGGUUUGUAAUAGUUGAGCUGACAAGGAAGAGAAACACUUCAAGAUCCAGGAUACAAUUUUUAUUACUUUUUAUUGUUGGUUUGAGCCAAAUGCAUCGACACGUACACCGCACUGUCUAGGAACAUGAUCCAUGAAGGUGUACCAAGUGAAAUCGAAGGAGAACUACAAAACAUACAAUUUAAGCAAAGUGCGAGUGGCUUACUUCUGGCUACAGGUGUGGCCGCCAGAGGUUUGGACAUACCAGCUGUUGAGCAUGUAAUUCACUAUCAAGUUCCGAAGGACCUUGAUCUUUACAUUCACCGCAGUGGACGGACAGCUAGAGCAAGCAGGGAAGGUCUGAGUGUCGUUCUUGUUGGCCCAGAAGAAAUGGGAUCAUACAAGAAAAUUAUGAAGACGCUUAAUGGAGGUAAAAGGAAAUUCACUAAUGGCGAGUGUUGUAUGGUAAAUCUACUUACUUGAUCACUGAAUGAAGGACAGAUGAAUUAGAGCAACGAAAGGAGUCACUUGCCCAUAAAUAACAGUCUACAAUGCACACGGCAACACGCCGGAUAACCGGAAAUCAGAAGGUUGUCGAUGGUUAAAAGGUGUUGAUAGGCUUGUGCGAGUCCUGCCAUUCGCUUGCGCUUUUAAAUCUGCUAACCUGAAAGCUUAGCUGUUAUUAGGAUAUUAUUUAAUGACUUUUGUUUGCGAUGUGAUAAUAAAGAUUACUUUUAAGGUG